AUGGAGUGUGGAAAAGCAGUAGGUCCAGACAACAUACUAGUAGAGGCAUGGAAAGUCUUUGGCAGCACUGGGACCGACUGCUUGACAGCGGUGUUUACAAAUGUUAUGGAAAAGGAAGAAAUGCUAGAAGAAUGGAGAAGCAGCACAUUGAUCCCUAUAUCUAAGAACGAAGGGGCCAUACAGAAUUGUACCAGUUAUAGAGUAAUCAAACUGAACUUCACAUACCUUGAUGAUAUGAGAAAGAAUGACAGGCAGGUGACUGUGAGCGAAAAGGUGUCAAUAUCGGAACAGCAGUUUGGUUUUAUGCCCGGCAGGUGUACCACCGACGCCUUUUUUUGCAGAGCGUCAACUAGUGGAGAAAUACAGAGAAGGCCAGAAAGAGCUGUAUUGUGUGUUCAUAGAUUGAGAAAGCCUUCUACAGGGUGCCCAGAGUGGACGUUUGGAACUGUUUACGACUGA